ACGUAGCUGGAUUCAAAAUAUAAUGUGGCAGAAGAGAUUGUUUGUAUAAAAUGAAACUCACUGAAUGGUACAAGUUGUACCAGUAGUUUUUGUCCUGAUAAUUGGAAAAAACUUAAGGCGGAAAAGAUGAUGCUCGCAACCACCAACUUCGGGGAGUACCUGUGUGUGGGCGACUAUAUCUGUCUGUACUCGGUGGAGACAGAGGGGUACACCUACAGUCUUCAGUCCAGCUCAGUGCACAGCCAGCUGUACAUCUAUCGGAACCAAGACAAGGACAAACCCACCAAGAUACCAUGCGCCUCAGCGUGCGUUUUCCAAGUGGCGAUUCAGAACAGGUACAAGUUGAACAAGAAAAAACGGAAAUUUCUGGCACAGGCAAGCUCGAACGCGAACCUGCUCGAUGACACCGCGCAGCUCCAACAACACAAGCUAGCAGCGGAGGCGGAGAACGCGGACAAUCUGCAAGAACAGCGGCGACAAAUGGGCAAGCGUGUCCGAUACGGCGAGAUCAUACAGCUGCGGCACGUUUUUACGAACAAAUUCGUCCACAUGUGUACGUCACAGACGUCGCAGAUAGACAAGAACAAUAUGGUGGUGAUGCUGCAAGAGUUUAACGCGAAGAACGCCCAGUUCCGAAUCCUCCCCCAGUACAAGGUCAAGUCGGAGGGGGAAGUGGUCCAGAUCUACGACCAGAUCGUGUUUGAGAGCAUCAAGUCCCCGGGCCACUUCCUGCACGCCAGUAGCGGCUUCCAGAUAGACCACUUCACUCACGGAUCGGAGAUAAACCUUGGCGUGGAAAGAUCGGGCUUCACGCUGGUCCGGUUUAGGAAACAGGGGACACCGGAUCAGGAGCUCUUCGUUAGGGGCGGCUCAAUAAUCCGGUUAUUCCACAAGGAACUCGAAGCGUACAUGGUGGCCGAGGGGCUGUUUGAAGACGAGGUCACCGAGGAUGUUCACUUUCGUAUCCGUGUUAUGGACCAGCACAAGCCGCGAACCCUUUCACCACCCACUUCCGGAAAUUCGUUCUGGGUCAUCGAGGCAGAAAACUCCAUCUUUAACGGCGACAUACUGCAAUGGGAGCAGCAGGUGCGCCUCCGUCACCUGACGACCCGGAAGUACCUGUGUAUCGACAAUUCCCAGGAAAUCUCGUUGGCAGACGACAGCGAGGAUCCAAGGACCGUCUUCCGGCUGCACUCCGUCAUCAAUGAGCGGGAAGAAAUCCGUUUUGAGAGCUACUGCCGGAUCGAGCACGUCCUGUCCGGCUUCUGGCUCCACGCACUCAAGGAUGAAGACUACAUACGGAAGAAGUUCCGUGACAUAGAGAACGUCAACGAUCAGACUUUAAAGGGCUUACGUUGGGACAGCGCAAUGGUCAGACAGGUGUCGGCGAGUGGUGAAAGUCAGUACGACGACGCGUUCACCAUACAGCUGGUGGAAGAUACGCACGUGAACGAGUUCAACUACGUGGCUGGCAUGGUCCCCUUCCUUAGAAACCUCAUCAAGGACAGAGAAAUUGGAGUGAUCCUAAAUUCCAAGAAAACUCACCAGCUUCUCACGGCAUUGGAAGAGUUGCGGAAAUACAUGCUACUGAAGCCAGGAGUCCCCAGCAAGGACCGACAGAAACUCAUGAGAAACCUUAUGGUGAUUGACCUUCUGGUACGGAUCCUAAAAUUUCCCCUGGACGGCGUUCCGGACGCGCAGAACAUCAUCCUGGUGUUCAAAGAGGCCUAUGAGAUCCUCUACACGUACAUGAUCGGCAAAAGCCGCAAGAACGCCCUCUACUUUGCCAAAUACAUCGAGUUUUUUCAGACACAGUUCACGCAAAAGGGAGGUAUCGGCCUGAACGUGGCCCAGAUGAUCGUGGAGCUGAUCCGGGACAAGCGGAAGAUCGUGGACCGCAUCUCGCACUCACAGAUAGACGAGUUUGUGGUUCUACUGCAGUCCAGUCAGAAUUACCGUUUUCUUGAUCUGCUGCACGUGCUGUGUGUGUGUGAUGACGUCGCUAUCCCUAACAACCAAUCAUAUAUAGUAGAGCGUUGGAUGCAAUGUGAACAGAAAGGUAUCUACCUGACAGCGCGGGGACAGGACAUCAACAAACAACCCAACAUCCUGUACCUGACCACGGACGAGGGGCGCAGCUGGCUCGCUCUCCACGAGUUUGUCGAUGAGACUCACCCAUGCCACGACAAGGACAAGCACGACUUCCUCCUUCAUCAGCUUGACCUCUAUAUUGCACUCUGCAAGGGUCGAAACGACUUCGCGAUCAACAUCAUAACGAAAGAGUUACGUUACCUGACGUGGGAGGAAACUUUCCUGGCGUUACGCUCGGAUAUUCUUCCAGACGCUAUCAGAGCGAAAUACUGUGACAUCACCACGAGUCUGUUUGUGGACAUCGGCAACAACUACUCGGUGUUAGCCCAUCCCAACAUCUGCUUUGUGUACGACUAUGUCGGGUCGAAAGAUGAAGAGAAAAGUCAGGGAGAUUUCAUCGUGAAAGAGCUGGUGGCGAUAUUCCCUGUGUUGCGAGACUGGAUCGCCGAGUUCCUCUCGGAGAACAAGUGCAUGUAUGCCACUGAAAUCGGACACAACAUGCUAAUAGAACAGGUUGUACGGCUGCUGUACUACCUGGUGAUGUUCGGCUACUACAUGGACGCUGACGACGUGGGACAUCUACUUCCUCCGCUCCUCAACCUCCUGGACGGUCGCCAUGACUACCCCUUCCUGUUUGAGAAAGAGAAAGGGUUUACCAAGGAGGAGAAGAAGCGGAUUGCGAGGUACCAGCAGCAGGACCGUUAUGAGAAGACGCCAGAGACUGCCCCUAUCGUAAACGCAAAGUUCCAAGUGCUUGAAGUGUUGGACCUGCUAUUGACGUAUCAGCGAAACUCCCGCUUGCAGAGCUUUGUGUCGAAGUUCAAGAUAGCUGAGCAGAUAGUGGCGGCUGGUCGAACGCAAUCGGUGAUGAUGUCGCUUAUAUUCGAUGACUUUGAUCCCCACCUCCAAAGCAAGAAGGCGAUGGGUGUGCAGAAAAAAGUGACGCGUGAGCUGAAGGAAAUGUUUAACAUGUCCGCAAUCUUCGACAUAGAAUUCCUCACCAAAGUGCUGAUGGAUUUGUCAAUGUACAAGUAUGAUAAAAUGAUCAUCAAGUCGUUGAACAUCCUCAACAAGCUCUACUCCUCCAAGAUGAACAUGUUCAAUAUAUCCAGCAAAGCACAGAUCCUAUUGACCCAGGACUCGGCUCGGGUCCAUCGCGAGGUCCUGAAGAACAUGCCUAUCCUGCGACGGCUCUCCAAGGCCAAGCUGGACGAUCAGCAGGUCAAACUCAUGGGGAACAUCCUCGAUGACCUCGCAGAAUUUUGUCAUUUGCCGAUGACACCCGACGAACCGCACCCGAUGAAUCAAAACAUCAUGAUCAGCAACGGCAUCCUAGACGUGCUGUUUGAUAUUCUCGUCCAAGAUAUAGAUACAAAGUUACUGAAAAUCUACGGCGGGAUGACGGACAUCUUCAAGAAAGCGUUUUACCUGUUGAAGCUUCUAGCACGCGAGAAUCAUCGCGUGCAGCACCACAUCAUGGAGAGGCUUGAUAUUCUACUCGACGUCCGGGUGGUGGAGUCUGAUCUUGCCAUUGCGCUGAAGGAGGUGUUCUGUGGAAACCAAGCAACAUGCUUGAAGAUCAGCCCGAGGCAGAUUCAGAAGAUCGUGAACAGAGCAGCGGACAUGCAGGACCGGGCGCCGGAGUUUCUGGAUCUGCUUGGCAUGAUUGUCAAGGUGGUGGGUACAAACCUUACGUUGAAGCGGAACCAGGCGUACGUGAUGAAGUAUAUCAUGCAGAAUUACAAGAAGGUCGCCUUCGUGCUAGACAUGACACAAGAGGAGAGGGCUAAGAUAUUGACGGAUCCAGCCGAGAUAUCCAGAUUGAGGUACUACAUCAGUCUUCUAGACCUGCUGGCAGCUUGUGCCGAGGGCGAGAACAUGUUCAUCGAGUCACUGUGCCAGACCAUCUUGCCUAUCGACGAUCUGCUAUGGGUGCUGAACAACGACAACGUUGACAAUGUGUACAAGAAGCCGUUCCUCAAGUGCCUCCAUCACGUGUACAUGAAGAACGGGGAGUCAGCUAUCGAGACGGGGGCCAGCGAGAUGUCACAUUUCGGUGACCUCUGGGAGUUCAUGUCCAACGUGUCAGUUGAGAUGAAUCGACUGACAGACAGUAUCAAAGAGGACCCGGACAAAAUAGCCAUAUACAUCAAAACGGCUCCAGAGAAAAGUGGGAUUGCUGCGGCCCCCGACUUCGAGUCCUCCGCCUAUGGUUCGCUGCUGUACUGCCUGGAAGGGGUCCUCCCGUUCCUGGAAGUUUUCUACCGCGACUUCUACUUCCCAGACAACACGUCACAUCCCAACGAGAUAGAUGAAACUGAUCAUCUCGCCAAGGCAGUAGUGAUGUUCGGGGAGGUUCUUGGCCCACUUCUGUUUAAGCCCACUCACAUGAAGAACCUUGUGAACUGUGUCACAGUUCUUGUGCCAAUAUCAAACAUGCCAAACUCGAAUCUCGAGGCAGUAUUGGACAGGUUCGCUUCCGGUAUAACAGCGGAAGACACAUCUUGUGCAAUAAGAAGAGGCAACAUCGAGUACUACUCAGAUGAAGUUGAGAUUAACGCCAAGUUCCGAACGUUUACUCGUAAUUGCUCUAUAGUGUUCGCUGGCCAUAACACCGUUUCGGCGCAACUGAAAUUCAACUCCAAAAGAGAGUACACGAUUCUGGGAGGGGAUGAAGAACUGCCGCUAGGCGAAGAGUUUCAGAGUCUUGUCAAGUGUUUCAUAAAUCCGAACGAGAAGAAGGUGGUAAAAAAAUUCGAGUGGACAUCAAAACUCAUUGAAAACCUUCACAUAUCAGGGUCGUACAAGCGUCUUCAAGAGCACGCCCGGAUGGAGAUGGAUGAGUUGAACAUUAAGUGUUUGCAGGUGCUCCGAGCCAUUAUCCACAACGAGGAGCGAAGGCUGCCUGAAGACUGGGCCACCAGGACCACGGAACUUAAGAUCAAGAAGGUUUUAAAUUUCAUCAACCAAAUACAAAAUUAUUACGAUUCGCGGCAGUCGAUGAUGAAGAUCCUUCCUCACUUGGCGACUAGGAAUGAAGAAGUUGCGAAAGAAGUCUUGGGUUUCCUGUGCGUUAUGCUGUUUAACGCUAACCACACCGUUCAGCAAUCGAUGUUGGAGUACUUCUUGUCAACUCGGGAGGAAGUUUUUUUCAUGGCCGUCAGAGAUCGUAUGGCUCUCUCAACCAACACUAUCAAAGAAAAGAGGUCAUUGCAAGCUCAGAUGGAUGCACAAAAGAAGAAGGACAGUACAAAAAUCAUUCUAAAACGAUCAGCAAACACAUUCAUUGUGUCCAUGAACGCACUCAAGCAAAUACAAGCGUACGAGGAUGCGUUGAGACAACAACGACUUAGUGGAUGGAAACCGAAACGCAACGUACAGAAGACUUCGAAGAAAAAGAAGAAAGUUACCAAAAAGAAGGCGGAAAAGACAGCUAAAACAAAGAAAAACAAGGUCUCUGAUAAAAGCGCAGACAAGGUUGCAAAUGGGGUCACCAAGGAUAAUGAAGCCUUGAUGGAUAAUGCCGGUUUUGAGGACACAGAAAUGACUGAAAUUAAAGUAGAAGCUCCAGGGAAUGAUAAGGAAGAGACAGAAGAGGGAUUCGAUGAGGGCGGUGACGGGGAAACUGAAGACGGAGAGGUAGAAUACCGUAACGAUGGCUAUAUAGAACUUGUUCUCAAAGUCAUGGCGAGAAUGUGCGACGGACAAAAUCACCAGCUUCAGGCUUAUCUACGAGAGCAGCCAGACAACUUGAAGACGUUUAACAUCAUUUUGGAGACAACACAGUUUGUCACAGUUCUUUACUCGAACAUUACACCAGAAAAUGUUGACCUGACAGUUCAACUUUUUGAGUGCAUUAAUGAGUUCACUGCCGGGAACCAAGACAACAGAAUCGUUAUCUAUGACAACAAGAUCAUUGACUACAUCAACUUUAUUAUGCGAGCUGGCGAUUUUGAAGAUUGCCCUAUCGACAAGAUUUUAUCACUCAGAGAAAGCAUUUCCAACCUUGUCCUGUCUCUCGUGGAAGAAAAUGGCCCAAGCAAAACACAAGUGGCUUUAGAGGUGAAGGACACCUUGGACAAGAAGGCGGUGAUUGCGCUGAUGACUGAAUGCUUCGAGAACCACGGGAUCGACAAAAAGAAGCUUGAAGAAAUGAAGUACAUACAGUUGGAGGGGGUCCCGCCGCCAAGCAAGAAUAAGGCGUUCCAUGGGGCCAAAGAUAAGAUCAUGAAAGGGUUUGGGAAAAAGGAGAAAAACGAGUUCGCCGAGCAAUACGAAGAUGUUGGGUAUCGCUUGUAUCUCAUCCUUGCCCGCAUGAUAGACAUAGAUCCGAAGCUGAUGGACACCAAUACAGACAACACCGAUAACAGAGCAUUGAAAUUUACACCACUGCAGCAGAAGGCUUUCAACUUCUACAAGAAGAAUUGUCAGUCUAUUGAAAUUGUGAAGGACGAUGAACUGCAGAAGGCAAACUUCAGAGUCAAAAGCAAGAGGGUUCUACGCGAAGAGGUAAAGGAGAUGUUGAAAUGGAACGUAGACCGAUCGUCCCCGAGCAACAAAAUACGUGACCUCAUGGCCUGGUCCAAUGACAUAAUGAAGGAUAUUGCCUACCAAAGGAAGAUCCUUAGCAACCCUCUCGCAAUAGUUCUGGCAAAAGGAUGGCUAAUCUGGAACCACAUGGUGACGCUACUUUCUUUCGCGAUAAACAUCCUUAUGUUGUGGACAUGGAAUGCCAAAAUGUCGCUUUCCAGUCCCGGGAUCUACAAGAACACCACCGUAAUUCCGGAUGACAUCAGAGAUCCCAUUCCCGAGAUAUCAAAUAUGAACAAGAACCAGUACAAGAUGUCCAUAUACAUUCUUGGUGGACUACACAACUUCUUCUGUUUGCUCGUGUUUAUCAGCUACUUUGUGGGAAACCAUCCCCGCCUCCCGAACCCUAGGGCCAUAUAUGCGUCUAUCAAGGCAUUCUUUGCAACACAAAAGUCCAAGGAAGAAGACGUUGAUGUACAAAAGGAAAAGCAGCAUGUGUCCAAGAUGGACGCAAAACUGCUUAGUUUUAAUACAAUAUAUUACAUGGCAUUCCUGGCCCUGUCAGUAGGCGGGACGCUGUUUCAUGGUUAUUUCUUCGCCUUCCAUCUUCUUAACAUCGUCAACAACAACCAGCUUCUGAGCGGUGUUAUCAAGGCUGUCACACAAAACGGUCGGUCACUGGUGUGGGUGGGUAUCCUGGGCCUGGUCGUGUUCUACCUGUACGCGAUCAUCAGUUUCGCGAUGAUGCGGAGCAUGUUUAACCCAAACGAGUACCUGUAUUGUGACACCCUCUGGCAGUGUACUAUCACCGUCAUCAGAUACGGACUCAUCGGAGACUUAUUUGAUAAUCUAAAGGCUCACGAGUCAGAGAAGGAUUUCCACAUGUUUGGCUUCAUAGUCCUCUACCAUGUUUCCUUCUUCAUCUUCAUCACCACCAUUGGUCUCAACAUUAUCUUCGGUAUCAUCGUAGACACUUUCUCCGAGCUCAGAGAUCUGAAGUGGACUGCCGAAUCCGAUAUGAGGGACACAUGCUUUGUUUGCAGCCGUAACAGCUACGACUUUGAGCACCAUGGCAAGGGAUUCGAGCACCACGUCCGAAACGAGCACAACAUGUGGGCGUACAUCUUCUUCUUUAUCCACCUGAACGGCACCAAGGUGAACGACUACACCGCGCUAGAGAUGUACGUCUACAAACUGCUCCAGAAGGAGAACUUUGACUUCUUCCCAUUGGAUCGGGCAUUGUCGCUUGCUUCCAUGGGCCAGGACUCGACAGAGGCAAAGAUCGACGACCUUCUAUACCAGGUCACCUCCAUCGUCGACAAACAGAAACGGGAGGAGCUUGAGAAGAAACGCUAUGAGGAGCGGAUGCGACAGAAGGCGUGGGAAGAGAAGCAUCGUCUGAAUUCCUUCCGGCGUAAGACAAAGAUUCCACAGAGGUCCGUCUCCGAGGACAACCUGUCUGUCAGAAAUGAGGAUAUGGAUCGAAUGGAUUCCCAACAACAUGACACAAUACAGUUAGCCAUCGAAAGCCCUCCACAGGGCAGGUCUCCUAGUUACUCCCGCCGCCCGAGUAUCACUAGCAACCUCGGUGGAGUGGUCUCCAGACGACCGAGCGGCGCAAACAUUCUCGGCUACCCGGGGGCGACCAAUCGACAUGACCGUUACCGACGCCGCCGAAGCGUCAGUCCAAUGGAUCCUAGAGAAUCAAUUUACCGACGAUCAAGUCCCGGACGAUACGAGGAUGAUGAACCGCUUAUUUACGACGAUCGCGCUCAGAGCCCAACUCUAUUUGGUGUAGAUAAUGACCUCCUCGAUAUAACACCAGUACCUAUCAGCCGCCGACAGUCGUUCGACCGCCUCCGUAGCCCAAGGCUCAGCCUGGCGACGAGUCCACGAGAACACGCGUCGUUCUUCUCCGAGACGGAUCCGAUGCCGUACCUCCGCCAGAUGUCGCAGCACUACUCACAGGAGAGGCGUCAGUCUCAAACGUUCUCCGAGGGCCGCCCGCUAACGCUGCCCCAGGAUAGAUAUCCAGACACUGAUAGGGGAGACGCCGACAGCGUUACUUCCGAUGACAGGACGCCCGAAACGAGGUUUUAAACCGUCUAUUUAAUAAAUAAUAAGUAUAAAACUUUGUGAACAAUUUUAAGCUGGAUUUAUAAUCGAAACAAAUGAUUUCAAUGAUCAUUGUAUCAUUGCCUUUUCUCUAUUUAAAGCUGUGCUAAUGUUCAUGUUUAGAAACAAAGACGAUUUGUCAUUUUUCCAUUUAUUGUGUAACGAUAUCAGUAAAAUGUUGCAUGUUUGAACACAAAUGCAUUCAAUUUGCACUAUUCAAUGUUUUACUCGGUUGUUAUUGUCUUGAAAAAGAGUGUGCAAUAGAUAUUUCUUUCUUAAAUAGUUUAAUGUUGUGGCGUAUUAAAUAAAUUCGUAAAUGUU